CAGCAACAUCAGUCGAGCAGACUUACAUUCGUUCUCAGUUAUCUUGCGUCGACAUCAAUCAACUUCGAUUCUACUUCACUUUCGACUUCAAACUUUCAGCCAAGAUGCAGUACAAGUUCACUUUCAUCCAGCUUGCGCUGGCAACCAGCGUUCUCGCUGCUCCUAUGCCUGCUGCAGAGCCAACUUUUGGCCACGGAUACGGCGGCGGGGACGGUGGCGGUAGCGUCGGUGGCAAGGGCGGAAUCAACGCUGGAGUUGGCGUCAACCUUGGAGGCUUGGGUGGCCUCGGUGCCGGUCUUGGUCUUGGCCUGGGUGGCAAGGGUGGAGUAGGGGCCAACGUCAAUAUCGGUGCUUCACUUGGGUCUAUCAUUGGCGGUCUUUUGGGCGGCAUUCGAGGGGGUGGUUAUGGUUCAGGAAACGUGGGCGGUGGUGGCUAUGGAUCUGGAUCUGGCAACAUUGGUGGUGGAGGCUACGGAUCCGCGAAUGGUGGAGGCGCCGUGAACGGAGGUGCAGGUGCUGGUGGAUAUUCCAGUGGAGGGGGGAAAGGGACAGCGAGCGGCAGUGUUGGCGCUGGAGCUGGAGCUGGAGCCGGAGCCGGAGCCGGUGGUUCAAAGCCCCCUAGCUACGGCGGCAGCCAAGGCGGCAACGGUGGCAACACCGAGACGAGCCCUACACCAGGCUCGGAUGACGAUGAUGACAAGGACGACGGUUCUGACGGCGGAAGCUCCCAGCCACCACCAUCGUACGGCUCCAACCCACCAAAGACGAGCCCAAGCGCACCAAAGGGCUACUAGAUCACGAACUUGACGGAAAAGCUGUAAUAUAAUGUAGCUGAAAAGCAUGACAAUCCUUUGUACAACCUCAAUACAUUUGAUGAACGAACCUGAC